AUCCGAGCAAUGAGCAAAGCAAGCUACUGCUACUUGUCCCUAACCUGUGACCGCUUAUCUCAACCCCCUUCCAUCCAUUCAUUAGUUAAAAAGAGCCAAACUUUCCUUCUCUCUCUCUCUCUCUCUCUCAUUCAUUACAAGUUACAACCACCCUUCUCUUUUUCUUACUCCUUCACUCACCUAAAGCCAACCUUUCCCAUCUCCAUUUCUACCAUGUUUUCUCUUCCCUUAUACAAAGUUAAAAUCUUUCACAUACACUCAUUCCUCUCCAAGUUCCAUAGCCUCUUGGGUCAUUCCUUCAACUUCAACAUCUAAUUCUCACCCUUUUGCUUCAAAACAAAAACAAUGAUGGGAAGCAAAUGGAGAAAAUUGAAGCUUGCUCUCGGUUUGGAUUCCUGUGUUCACGUUCCUAGACCUUUAGAUGAUUCCUCCGCCGCUUCAAGGUUUUCCGGCGACACCUCACCCACCGUUGUUUCUCCCGCCGGUGACAUCUCCGGUUAUCGCCCAACCACUCCCACACCAUCCUCCUCCGGUCUCCGGUUAUCCAAAUCUGGACCCAAAUCCCCUAAGGGGACUUGUGCAAUAUGCCUUUACACAAUGAAACCAGGGCAAGGCCAUGCUAUUUUCACUGCAGAAUGUUCUCAUUCUUUCCAUUUUCACUGCAUCACUUCUAAUGUGAAGCAUGGGAACCAGAUUUGCCCUGUCUGCAGAGCAAAAUGGAAAGAAGUUCCUUUUCAAAGUCCUACUUCUAAUAUGCCCCAUGAUGUUCCUCGAAUCAGCCAAGCGACUGCACGAGACAAUAAUUGGACAACUGUCAUAAGGAGGCUUCCUUCUCCUCAAGGGGAUGCAAGUCGACAGAUUUCAUCGCUUUAUCAUGUUACUGAACCAGCUAUUUUUGAUGAUGAUGAAGCCCUGGAUCAACAAACUUCAAUUACACACAAUAAAAAUGAGACCGAUCACAAUUCAAUAAAUACAGUGGAGAUCAGAACAUAUCCUGAGGUUGCAGCUGUUCCAAAGUCAGCCUCUCAUGAUGCGUUUGCUGUAUUGAUUCAUCUCAAAGCUCCUCACACAGGGAGAAAACAAAACGUCGAUGGAAACAAUGCUGCAUCACCACCUCCAGUUGAAAAUUCUCGUGCUUCAGUUGACCUCGUGACGGUUCUUGAUGUAAGUGGUAGCAUGGCAGGUACUAAGCUUGCAUUGCUAAAACGAGCUAUGGGUUUUGUUAUUCAGAAUCUUGGUCCAUCAGACCGGCUGUCUGUCAUUGCCUUCUCCUCCACAGCACGCCGCAUCUUUCCUCUUCGGCAGAUGACGGAUACUGGACGACAGCAGGCAUUACAGGCUGUCAAUUCUUUGGUUUCAAAUGGUGGGACAAACAUUGCAGAAGGCUUGAGGAAAGGCACCAAGGUGUUUGCUGACCGGCGAUGGAAAAACCCGGUUAGCAGCAUCAUAUUACUAUCUGAUGGGCAGGAUACAUACACAGUCAAUAGCAGGCCUAAUGUUGGAACAGAUUACCAGUCACUAGUCCCAAACUCCAUUCACCGAAACAAUGGUAUGGGCUUGCAGAUACCAGUGCAUUCAUUUGGCUUUGGGACUGACCACGAUGCUACUUCAAUGCACUCAAUCUCUGAAAUAUCUGGUGGUACAUUUUCUUUUAUUGAAGCUGAGGAUGUCAUUCAAGAUGCAUUUGCACAGUGUAUUGGGGGACUCUUGAGUGUGGUGGUGCAAGAAUUACAGGUAGAAGUCAAAUGUGUUCAUCCUCAUUUGCAACUUAGUUCAGUAAAAGCAGGAAGUUACCAAACAAGUUUGAUGGCCAAUGCAAGAAUGGCUUCUAUUAAGGUAGGAGAUUUAUAUGCUGAAGAGGAAAGAGACUUUUUAGUAACAGUUAACGUUCCAGUUGAUGAGUCAAGUGAUGAAAUGUCAUUGUUGAUUGUGAGAGGUCUUUACCGAGAUCCCAUGACAAAAGAAAUGGUGGCUUUGGAAGGAACUAGUGAAGUAAAAAUCCACAGGCCUGAUUUAAGUGGAGAACUAGUUGUGUCAAUUGAGGUAGACAGACAGCGAAACCGGCUUCAAGCAGCAGAAGCAAUGUCUGAGGCUAGAGUUGCGGCUGAACGUGGCGAUUUGUCUGCUGCAGUUUCUAUCCUGGAUAGCUGUCAAAAGGCAUUGUCUGAAACUGUGUCUGCCCAAGCCGGGGAUCGGUUAUGUGUUUCACUUUCUGCGGAGUUAAAGGAGAUGCAAGAAAGGAUGGCGAGCCAGCGUGUUUACGAGCAAUCUGGAAGGGCCUAUGUUCUGUCAGGAUUGAGCUCACAUUCAUGGCAAAGAGCAACAGCACGAGGCGAUUCAACAGACAGCACAAGCCUUGUGCAAGCAUAUCAAACUCCUUCUAUGGUUGACAUGGUGACCCGUUCCCAGACCAUGGUUUUUGGGACUCCAACAAAUCGCCGAGUCCUUAGGCCUGCUAAAUCAUUUCCUGAGAGGCAGAGAAGACAAUGAUAAUGGAAAACUGUGUUUGGAAAAACUCUACUUAGCCUAUACAUACAAUUGUGGAGAAAUCUUUUAAGUUUCUUCUUAUCUUGUUUUACCCUUUUGUUUUUACUUUUUGUCAAGGUGGGUAUAAUGGAAAGGAAGGAGUUUAAAGUGGACAAAAUUCCUGAUUUUGCCAAUAUGAAACUGUACAUGCAUAGGCUGGAUAAUGUGGCUCUGCAGAGAAUGGCGAAAAGGGUCAGGUUGGAUAAUAUUUCAGUGUGAUUCUGAGUGAUGUACAUAAUUGUUUUCAGUUGCAUUGUGCGGGUGAAUUUCUUCACUUUGUUUAGACAAUGCUAUACUAUAUAUGCUUCUGAUUCUUUUUAUAAAUGAUCUUCCUUAUGCUUUUCCUUUUUAACUUUAUAGUACUUUAGUUUCUUUUAGGUGCACCUUUUGUUUCAGAUGAUUCUAUUUGCUUGCAAUUGCGUCAUAUCAUUGGAUUUCACUUACUAGCCGCAGAUGUCCGUUGAAUGCCUUCCUUUUAUAUUAUUGUUCAUUCAAUUCAAGAAGCACCACUUGUGGAUACUCCAACAAAAUUUUGGUUAAAUUUUUCACUCUGUCAUUUGGUCAUUCUCCGGAAGCAGUAUCAAAGUUUACGGUUAAAUAUAUUUUUCCUAUCAAAAUCUAUCAAAUUUUAAUUUUUAUAGUUUUUUGUUUUAAUAUUUAUAUUUUAAAAAUGGUUGAUUUUGGUUCUUUUACUUUUACAAAGUUGUAACUCUGAUAUAAAAAUUAUACGUGAUUACAUUAAUCAUUUUAAUUUUGGUGAAUUUUAAGAGAUGAAUUUUCUCUUCUAGUUUCUUCGUCUCUCUUCUUUCAUCUUUCAGAUCAGACUAAUGGGUGAUUGAAUUGACAUUUCAAAAUCUGUUGGUGCCAAUUUUAGCAUCUGAUCAUUUUGAAGUAUAUAAUAUGCUUUAACAUAAGGGAAAGUCAAGUUUUUAUACAAUACAAAUAUUUAAACAUGUAUAGCUGUCUGUUAUAUACAAAAUUCAAACACAUUUAUAUUGUAUUACAACUCUUUCCCACGUUACGUUAGAUAGGGUUUUGACCUCCUUUUUUAUGGGUCAGAAAAGUAAGAAUCCAGAUCUUGAGAUCUUUCAUUGCGCACAUUGGGCUCAGAGCGUCCUAGAUUUGUAGUCUAUUGUGGAGAUGAUAGGAUAUGCCUCUUUAUGAGUGCCUUCAAUCACGUGAUACUCAUACCCCUUUAUUAUUAAAAUAAUAAAAAGAAUAUUUAUAAUACUUUUUUAAAAUUUUAUUAAAUAAACUUUAUAUCUAUAUAAUGUAACAUGCAGAUGAGUUAUCAUUGAGUAAUAAAAGAAUACUGUAAAAAAACCUGCGUUAUCAUUUCUCGUUCAAGAUCGGAUCAAAAUAACUUGUUCUUUUAAUUGUUACGAAAUAUUUU